GUGGUCGUGCUUCGGGGCUCUGUGGGUGGAAGGCGGCUGCGGGUUAGUGUCUGGGAGCGAGAGCGCGGCGCUAGGAUGAACGCCCCUCCGGCUUUCGAGUCGUUCUUGCUCUUCGAAGGCGAGAAGAAAAUCACCAUUAACAAGGACACCAAGGUGCCUAACGCCUGCUUGUUCACCAUCAACAAAGAAGACCACACUCUGGGGAACAUCAUUAAAUCCCAGCUGUUGAAGGACCCACAGGUGCUGUUUGCUGGCUACAAAGUCCCACACCCCUUGGAGCACAAGAUCAUCAUCCGUGUGCAGACCACCCCAGACUACAGUCCCCAGGAGGCUUUCACCAACGCCAUCACAGACCUCAUCAGCGAGCUCUCCCUCCUGGAGGAGCGAUUCCGGGUGGCCAUCAAGGACAAGCAAGAAGGAAUUGAGUAGCAGCUGAAAGCAGCGUUGCUUAGUGGCUGUAAGGCUGGCACAUACAUCCUCAGGGCUCUUCUCAGCCCACUGCGAUGGCAACAGCCACUUUCAGCUCUCUAGCUGGGUACAGGACACUGUCCCAUUCUGUACAUAGACUGUUAUUUUCCUAAUAAAGUAGGGCAGAAGGUGGACUGUCA